CUCGCGCCUCAGAUUUUCCUUUUUCCGCGCCGGGAUUCCUCGUUGUUCUGUUUUUCGCUUCUAGCUAGGUCCCGCUUUUCUUUUCCGGAGAAGGGAAGAAAACGGGAACGAAGGCCAUCGCAACCGCAAUCGGUAUGAUUUCGGCGGCGCUUACUGUGUGUGAAAAUUCUUCCUCUACUAGUUUCUCUAUGCAUGCGAGCGUUUCGAUAUUGUGAUAGUCGUUGAAUUGUGAAAUUGCGACAAUUGAAGUUCUUGAUUGAAGAGGAAAUGUUUUGGUGAAUCGAUUGUAGUUUGUAUCUGGGUUUGAAAUUGCAUUAAUGGUGAUUGGGGGGAGUUGGAGAGUGGGAAUCGGGAGUGGAAUUUCCUCUUGUGUUGAUGGUGAAAUCUGAUUAUGGCGGUUUAUGAAACUGUGAAGAUUCUAGGGUUUCGCAUUUGGGGGGAGGAUUGCCUUCAUGGGGAAGCUCAUGGAAUUGCUGGUGGCUUCUGUUAUGCCGGUUCUGAAGCUACUAAUCAUUACUGCUCUCGGCUUGUUUCUCGCCGUUGAUUCUGUCGACAUUUUGGGGAUGGAUGCUCGCAAGCACUUGAAUAAUGUGGUCUUUUUCGUCUUCAAUCCAGCUCUCAUCGGUAGCAAUCUGGCGAAAUACAUAACCCUAAAGAAUGUGGUCAUGUUAUGGUUCAUGCCACUCAACAUUCUCUUUACAUUCAUCAUUGGAUCGCUUCUAGGGUGGGUGCUCAUUAGAAUAACUGAUGCACCUCAUGCUCUUCGAGGUCUAGUGCUGGGAUGCUGUGCUGCAGGAAAUCUGGGGAAUAUGCCUCUCAUAAUCAUUCCAGCUGUUUGCAAAGAGAGAGGCUCUCCAUUUGGAGAUGUCGAUGCUUGUUAUGAACAUGGGUUGGCUUAUGGGUCGCUAUCUAUGGCGAUUGGAGCGGUCUACAUGUGGUCUUAUGUUUACAACAUCAUGCGUCUUUAUUCGAUUAGAAGUUCUGACGGACCGAAAUUUGAAGCCUUAGCACAGGCCACAAGCUCUGCCACAGAAACUCUUGAAGGGCUUUCAACAGGUCGCUCUGGCCCGCUGCUUCCCCUGGCAAAAUCUACUGCAACUGGGGGCCAUACCGAAUUCGAACUUGUUCCCAUGACAUCAGAACAUAAGAAUAAGGUACCCUUCUUAGAGAAACUAAAGCAGGGCAUACAGAUAUUUGGUACAAUGUUCAACCUGAGGAGAUUGUUUGCUCCUUCAACAAUUGGAGCGAUUGUUGGAUUUGCAGUGGGAAUGAUCCCUCACUUGCAAGGAUUACUAAUCGGCGAUAAGGCUCCUCUUCGAGUGUUCCAAGAUUCAGCUUCUCUGCUAGGGGAGGCGGCUAUUCCGACGGUCACACUGGUAGUGGGAGCAAAUCUCCUAAAAGGUUUGAAGGGCUCGGAAGUCCGGUUAUCAGUGAUUGCCGGGGUAAUCAUGGUUCGCUACGUCGCCUUACCGUUGACAGGAGUUGUCAUCAUCAAGUCUGCAGUCCACUUGGGAUUAGUGCAGCGUGAUCCACUGUAUCAAUUUGUUCUCCUACUUCAGUUUGCACUUCCUCCGGCAAUGAACAUAGGUACAAUGAGCCAGCUGUUUGGGACGGGAGAGAGCGAGUGUUCUGUGAUCCUGCUUGCAAGUUAUGCUUUGGCAUCAGUAGCAGUCACGAUUUGGUCGGCGAUUUUCAUGUGGUUGGUAGCAUAACUAUAGGUGCUGAACAUAACACGAGAGGCAAAAGCAUUCCCCCACAACAAGAAAAGAAAAACUGGCAUUGUAGAUGUAAGGCUUCUUCUGCUGUUGUUUUUCCUUUGACAUGGUAAGGCUUGUAGAUUCAAUACUUUGAUAUUACGUCAAGAAAUAGUAACUAGCCUCAAUAACCCAAAUUCUUAAUAGUAACUGUCACCACUCCGCUCGGGUGUAUUUGUAGAAUGUCAAUGUAUAGGCAUGUCUGUGAUUGAACGAAGUCCUUUUUGGAUUUCAACAGGAACAGCCUCUUUAUCUUGGGCAUGUUGAGCUUUCUGAAAGGGGUAGCUGAGAUCUAACUUUGCCUUAUGAACAGAGUCUGCGGCACUUAACUCGACCAGGAGACUUUCAGUUCUAAAAAAUGGUUUUGGAGGCGGGGUUGCUUGGUUGGUCUCCAUCUCUCUCCUCUGAAGUUCGGAAAGUCAGCCUCGUUAAAGCUUCCAACCUCAAAAAUUCAUGGGGGAUAGGAUAACAGGGGAUAAGUGAUGACUGAUUCAAAAAUGUGGCGUUGGUAAACAGGGGCUUCAGUUUCACCAAGGCCCAAGAAGCUUCUUUAUUCAAUCGAAGGCGCAAAUGAAAAGAUAAACGACAG